AUGAGCGAGGUAGGAGUUAACAGCAAGUCGGAAACGAUGCAUCCGGCACCGUCGGCAUGGGAACAGCUUACCAAUCCCUCGCUCGCCGAGCAGCAUCAACAGCAGCAACAAACGCAGCAACAGCAACAAACGCAAAGCCCCGUUCCGGCGCUGCAGCUGCAAGCGUCAAGCCCACAGGCGGUCAACAGUGCGCUCCCGGCAACGCCUACCAAAACCUCGCCACCGCCGGAUGUUGCGCACACACCGUCCGGUGCACCGGCAACCCCCGGACCGGGCGUUCCGGGUUCCGCACCGAGCUACACCGACGAACUGGCACCCGAGCUGGCCCAGCAAGGGUGGCGAAAGUUUUGGUCCAAACGCGAAGGGCGCCCAUACUUUUGGAACAAACUGUCCGGCGAGUCGCUCUGGGAACCGCCGGUCCUGAACCGUGGCCCACAGCAGUUUGAUCCCCUGACGGACCCGUUGGGCAUCUGCAGCAGCCAUCCGGUCGGUCCGAAUGGGCCGCUGCCGCACAACAACUACAACAAUGCGCACCCGUCGCCCCACAACCACACGCUGAAGCGGCGUGCCUCGGAAGAGGCGCCCCACAACGCCGCAGGCGGAGCACAAGGGUCCGGCGGGACGGGAGGGCCUCCGCCGCUCAAGAAGUACGUCCUGCCGGGACCCUGGGAUCUGGAGGUGGCCACCAACGUGCUGAUCUACGAGCGCCUCCCCUCGACGAACCCGCAGCCCUUCCCCGAGGUGGAAGCUCUGCGGGGUUCGCUGACGAUGCGGUUGGCCAAGACGUACGAGGAUUUGUGCAAUAAACGGGAAUCGAUCGCACCGCCCAAGGACUCGUUCCAGCGGUGGCUCAUGGAGCGAAAGAUCGUCGACAUGGGCAGCGACCCGCUGUUGCCCAGCCAGUGCACGCUGGAGAUUUCGCCCCAAAUGUACCGCGAAAUACUGCGCGACAUUCCGAUCCGCAUCGUGAAGCCGAAGUUUACGGGUGACGCGCGGAAGCAGCUUUCGCGGUACUGUGACGCGGCGAAGAAGAUCGUCGAACGGCGGGGGGCGAGCGAGGAGAGCAAGAAGAUCGUCAAAUGGAACGCCGACGAUGCGUACGAGUGGCUGCGGAAAACGGUCGGCGCUAGCUACGAGGACUUCCAGGAUCGGCUCAUGCACCUGCAGCGCCAGUGCGAGCCGCACAUCAUCGCGACGGUGCGCGUCAGCGUGGAGCAGCUGUGCACCAAGCUGUACCACCUGUCGGUGCAGCACGCGCGAACCAUCCGCGAUCGGCACGCGCAGAUCCUGAAGGAGAGCGGCAUACCCGAGCUUACGACGCCACUGCAACCUCCGGUGACGCGCAAGGUGUGGUGCUACCCGGUCCAGUUCGCGCUGCCCUCGCCGCGCAUGCCCCAGAUCGACUACAGCAACGACCGCGAUCACAUGGUGAUCAAGUACACCAACUCCGCAGUCAUGGCGGCGCCGGACACGCACGUCGUCAACAUUUCGCACCUGCAGAAACUGGAGCAGCUCUAUCGGUACAACUGUUUCGAUGACAAAAAAUUCGAUCUCUUCAUCGGGCGCGCUUACUGCAUGCUCAAGCGGUACUCCACCUUCCUGGGCAGCAGCGCCAAUCCGAACCACCCGGAAGCUGAGCUAACCCAGUCCGCCCUGCCGGCGGUCGUGUUUGAGUGCUUGCACCACCAUUUCAACGUCACGUUCGAGUGCUUUGCCAGCCCGCUGAACUGCUACUUCCGUCAGUUCUGCUCGGCGUUCGGCGACACCGACUCUUUCUUCGGCUCCCGGGGUUCGUUUCUGGAGUUUAAGCCCGUGUCCGGCUCCUUCCAGGUUAAUCCUCCGUACUGCGAGGAGCUGAUCGAUGCCACACUGCAGCACAUCGAUCGGCUACUGACCGAUUCGGCCGAUCCCUUGAGCUUCAUCGUGUUUCUGCAAGAGUGGAAGGAUCCACCGCUGAAGUGUCUGUCGAAGAUCGAGGACAGCUCGUACAAACGGAAGCAGGUGGUCGUAAUGGCCAUGGAGCACGAGUAUCGUCACGGAAUGCAACAUUGCAUACCAAAGUCAGAGGUAAACUUCAAGAGCAUCGUCGGUACGAUGGUCGUGUGGUUGCAGAACGCGGCCGGCUACGCCAGGUGGGCACCGACCGAGGCCCGUGUCGAUGCGCUGCUGGAAGCGUUCCGGCCCGGCCGUGAACGGGACCGGGAUAAGGCGGCGGCCGCGGCCGCGGCCGUGGUUCCCGUUCAACCGAGCUGUUCCGCAAGCGCCAGCUCGCCGGAUGCGGCCAGUUCGGGCAGCACCAAUGAGGCAGCUACUGGUCCAAACAAGCCUUCAACACCAGCCACCACCGUGUAAAGAACGGCGGAUCAGAGUACACAUCGUUCGCCGCUAUUCGCACUAUUUUCCACGCGCGUCACACGUGCGCCCUUCACACAAACCGCGUAGGUUAAGUUGCUCUCUUUCUCCGUUUGCACCAAGACAAAGUGUAACAACCUCGUCCUUUACUCGUAGCCCGCCG